UAACAUAUAUUCCGUCAAACGCGCAGGCUAAUGACACCCUUUUUACGACACCAAGUGAAACUGUUGACCCUCGUAACGGUGUAGAUUGUACGUCUGACCCACUACCAACAACACAGUCGGUUAAAAAAAUAAAAACGGCUGAUGGGGAAUUGUUGAAUAAUACUACGAUUGAACCCGGCUAUUAUAAUGAGAAUACGAUGUGUAAUAAACGUAAAAAAACCGCUCGUAUGUCUAUGGCGGCGACCGCGGGUCAGGAUAAUUUUAUUCAUAUCGAGUCAUCGUUCAAGGGGAAAAUUAAAUGGUUUUAUAAAAAAAAUAUAAACAAUACAUUAGAUUAUAAUGAAUUUUUAAACAACUGCAAACCACAAAUAUCUAGUCUUUUAAGUUCAAUGGCGUCAAUUCAUCCAAUUAAAUACAAUUUAAAACUAGAAGCAACUUAUAGUAUACCGCAGCAGGAAAACACAACAGAAAAUCGGGCUUUUAAAACGUCUGCUAGAGAGCUUUAUUCGGCGAGUGAUUUGAAUGCUGCAGUUCUUGAUGACUUUACAAAGCUCCUCGAAGAAGAAGAUGAGUAUGUUGCCAAGGGCUCUGGUUAUUCCCUUCAAACAAUUGAUGGAAUACUUCUGGGAGUGUAUGUAUUUACACCGUUACGGGCAUCAUCCCAUAUAUAUCUACCCGAAGAUAUUAUAAGAAAAAAGGCGGUCAUUAAUCCUAUGAACUUGAAGGACAAUGAAUGUUUUAAAUGGGCCAUUUUAGCUAAGCACGUGUCAUCGGGAAAUAAAAAUCACGUUGGGGAAAAUUAUAAAAAAUUAGAGAAAAUGUAUAAUUUUAAUAGGAUUAUAUAUCCAACACCUCUUAAAAAUAUUAAAAUCUUCGAGAUCGAUAAUCCUGCGGUAUCUAUAAAUGUAUAUGGUUUGGAAAAACAACCGGGCCAUACUAAAUUCAAACCGGCUCAUUAUGUUUAUCCGCUACGUGUAUCGAAUUCGGAAAAAAUUGAUCAUUUUGAUUUAUUGGUCAUAGAGGAUGAAACUACGGGCUUAAGUCACUUCACCUAUAUUUCAAAUUUCGCGAGGUUGAUACAUAGCCAAAAAACGAAAAACCAUAGCAAAAUGGUUUUUUGUAAAAAAUGUUUCACAGGAUUCGAUACUCGUCCGAAACUCCAUAAAUUAUCAGGUCAGGAGGCGCUCGAUCAACACAGACAGAUAUGUAACAAACAUAAAACCAUUUUGCCGGUAAUGCCCGAAGCAGGUUCGACUUUGAAAUUCGAAGCUUGGGGCAAAACAGUUCGACAUCCGUUUGUCGUGUACGCAGAUUUUGAAGCUCUAUUAAUCAAACCCAAUAAUUCAGGCAGCAAAGGCGGAAACACUAAAAUUAUCGAUGAACAUAAGUUAAUGUCAUAUGGGUUUUAUGUAAAAGCUGCAGAUAAUAUUCCUAUAGAGCUUUUAAAACGAUACAAUAUUCCUCUAACACCCAUAUGUUUUCGUGGAUCGCAGACGAUAGAUUCCGCAGAAGUAGCGAAACGCUUUGUGGAAGCACUCGUUGAAGUAGCGACAAAUAUAAGCGCGCUACUUCAGACGAAUACAGCUAUUAGAUUUACUGAUGAAGAAGCUCAGAGGCAUGCAGCUGCCAUAAGUUGUGAGAUCUGUCGGUGUAGUUUUACGGAUUCCAAUCAAAAACUGCUAUGA